CGCACGAGCCGCGCAGACACGGGCCGAAAAAACGCCAGAAAGGAAAGAAAGCAGCCGGAUCAAAAGGCGGAAAGAGACGAGCGCGCCGCGCGCACGCAGGACCGCAGGUACACAGGUGGACGCGGGAGCGAGCAUCAUGGCGCUGAUCCCCUCGCAGGUGCUGCGGGUCGCCAUCCUGCUGUCCUACUUCUCCAUCCUCUGCCACUACAAGGCGCUGGACAUGCCGGCGCACCAGACCUACGGGGGCAGCUGGAAGUUCCUGACCUUCAUCGACCUGGUGAUCCAGGCGGUCUUCUUCGGGCUGUGCGUCCUCAUCGACGUCUCCUGCCUGCUGACCAAAGGAGGCGACAGCAGGGAGCAGGAGCGCCAGCUGAGGAAGCUGGUCGGCCUGAGGGACUGGAUGAUGGCCGUGCUGGCCUUCCCCGUGGGAGCGUUCGUGGUGUUCACCUUCUGGAGCCUCUACCUGUACGACAGAGAGCUGGUUUACCCCCGGCUGCUGGACAACUUCAUCCCCCAGUGGCUCAACCACGGCAUGCACACCACCGUUCUGCCCUUCAUCAUCAUCGAGAUGCGGACCACCAACCACCGGUACCCCAGCAGGUCGUGGGGUCUGGCGGCCGUGUGCUUCUUCGGCGUGGGAUACGUCCUCUGGACGUGCUGAGUGCACCAGGUGACGUGUGUGUGAGUCUACCCGGUGCUAGAGCGCCUCCACACCAGCUAGCUCGAAGAGUCCUUCUUCAGCGCCAUGAUGGCGGUGAUCUGUGUGUUCUACACUGUGGGAGACGUCCUCAACAGCUACAUCUGGGACCAGCCACACACAGCAAAGGUCAAAGGUGAGUGACCCUGGCCUGACUGUGCGGGUGUGGGAGUCGUCGUCGUGCCCCGCCCACCCAGGACAGCCCAGUAACGCAAAACAAGCGACCCUCUCUGGAAGUGAAAGAAUAACAGUUAACCUUUGAACUAUACAACAACAACAACAACAACAUAUUGAAAAAACUAAAUGAGCAGUAAAAUGUAAGUAUAGAAGGAAAGGUGACCAAUUGUUUUGUUUUGUAACGGUCUUUGUUAUGUGGAGGACAGUGGACAAAACACACAAACACACAUCUACAUCACACUAAAAACUACACACACGUCAUCAAUAUUUGUAAUCUGCUUUUCUGGUAUGAACUACUUCUCAAAGUGAAUCAUCUGCUUCUGUGAAACGUCUGGAGAUCCAUAACGUGUUGAAGACCAUCAUUGUUCAUCUCAUGUAUGAGGAAACAAAUCAAUAAAGCUGGAGUGGAAAAGUC